AGAGGCGUCCCAGGCAAGCGGGGAGGUUUGGACGCCCCUGCCUGGGAGGUGUGCCGGAUAGGAGCUCUCCAUCCAGUUUCUUCUCCGCUCUCCCCCCAGUUCGAGAUCUGGGACCAACCAGGCACCAUGGCACAGAAGGACCAGCUCAGUGAUGACGAGAAGUUCCUCUUUGUGGACAAAAACUUCAUCAACAACCCAGUGGCCCAGGCUGACUGGGCCGCCAAGAAGCUGGUGUGGGUCCCUUCGGAGAAGCAGGGCUUCGAGGCGGCCAGCAUCAAGGAGGAGAAGGGGGAUGAGGUGAUCGUGGAGCUAGUGGAGAAUGGCAAGAAGGUCACGGUCAGCAAAGAUGAUAUCCAGAAGAUGAACCCGCCCAAGUUCUCCAAGGUAGAGGACAUGGCAGAGCUGACGUGUCUCAAUGAAGCCUCCGUGCUACACAACCUGAGGGAGAGGUACUUCUCAGGACUCAUAUACACGUACUCGGGCCUCUUCUGCGUGGUGGUGAACCCCUACAAGCAGCUGCCCAUCUACUCGGAGAAGAUCAUCGACAUGUACAAGGGCAAGAAGCGGCACGAGAUGCCCCCCCACAUCUACGCAAUCGCCGACACGGCCUACCGGAGCAUGCUGCAAGGUGAGCUGCCCGUGGGUGCAUGGAGCUCCUCCUCCUCCAGGGAGCCCACCAGGGCUGCUUACAGUCACUCCCCGGGCCCCUCCUGUCUUGCCUGACUGCAGUUCUCGCCAAGAAUGCAGAGUUUGGCAGGCAGCACUGGGCCUCAGGAGGGCUGUGACUGAAAAAGGGAAAAAGCAAGCUGAACAUCUGUGUUUGCGGCCCGGGAGGGCAAGGGAGGGCAGAUAGCUUGGGCAAAUAUGGGCAUGGGCCCGCUCUGGCUUCCGCUCCAGAGCUCGCUUUCCCCUCUCCCGGGCUGCCUGAGGCCCUCGGCAGGCCAGCCGUCUGGAAGAUGGUAGGAUGCUCUCACCUGGGAAGGGAAGUGGGUGGGGAACAGCCCUGGUGCUGAGCCAACCAGAUAUGGAUUUGCAACCAGCUGUCACUAACACCCUGCGGGAUCCUGUGCAAA